AUGGAUAUCAAGGAUUUUUGCUCGGUCAGCCUUAUCAGUGGCCCAAUCAAAAUCUUCGACAAGAUACUGGCCAAUAGACUUGUGGAGGACUUGCCAAAGCUAGUUGGGCAGCACCAGAGCGCUUUUGUCAAGGGUCGAUCCCUCCAUGAUAACUUUAUGCUUGUCCAAUGCAUGGCCAGGAGAUUACAUGCUCUCAAGUCCCUGACGGUUAUGCUUAAGUUGGAUAUUACCAAAGCUUUCGACUCCAUCAGCUGGCCUUUCCUGCUCGAGGUCUUAAGGAGAUUUGGCUUUGGCAAAAAACCUUCGGCCGUCGUCGUCGCCGCCGCCGCCGCCGCCUCCUCAAAGUCCUCAUUUUCUCAUCUCUCGGAUCGGGAGAGCGAAACCCCAAGGAACUUAUCUUACCACCGUGAUAGUCAAGAUGGUGAAGUGGACAGCGGCGGAGCUCCGGCGGAGCUCCGUGCAAUUAUGGACAAGAAGGACAACAUCCGUAGUAGCUCUGUUAUUGCUCAUGCAGACCAUGGCAAGUCUACGCUUACGAAUACACUUGUAGAAGCUGCUCAGACUAUUGCCCAGGAAGUUGCUAGCGAUGUUCGCAUGACCGGUACCCCUGCAGACAAGGCCGAGGGCGAGAAGGUUGUUGCUUCACCACCCCCUCAGUCAGGGUCACACGCUCACACCAAAGAUCUCAAAUAAGAUGCUCAGCCACCGUACUAGUGUCUUCUUCUCUAUUGUUGGUGUCUUGGUCCUGAUGGGAGAUAAUAACGAUUCACUAAACUAGGAUCGUCCCAAUGUGUCAAGAGUUACCAGACUUGUUCUUGUGAUUCUUCUAUGUCUUAUAGACUCUAUUUUUUAAUGUGGUGACUUACAUCUCUUGUUGCUUGUCAUGCUUAUCUCCUGUGUAUGUGUGCA